GGUGGGGGUGGGGAGAGGAGAGGGAGAGGGCAAGCUAGGAAAGGCUAGGAAGAGUGGCUGGUAGCCUGGAAUCCCUUGAAGAGAGAGAGCUAGCAGACGAGAGAGAUCUUAGGAAGCUGAUGAACUAGAAAGAGUAGGGGAGACUGAGACUGACCGGUAGCCAGCUAGGCAGACAGACGCAUGCCCGGACAGACUCUGGAGAACCGAUAGGUUCAUUUUGCCUUUCUUUUUGAAAAGCAGGAUUUUGAUUUUUCUGUGGCGCCCAAGAGAGAAUGCUGGACUCUGCUACCUUCAGCUUAAGCUAAGAUUUCUCAGUUAGGGAGGAAAGAUCAGCCCAGUCCCGAGAGGGGGAGGGAAGCAAAAGCCCCUGCCUCCAACCCCCUUCCCUCCCCCGGACCAAACUCGGGGACCAAACCCAGACCUUCCCUAACCAUCUGACUUCCUCCUUUCCUUUUUAGCAUGGUGGCUGUAUGGACAGUCUGACAGAACAGAGAUUGACAUCUCCCAAUCUGCCGGCCCCCCACCUGGAACACUACAGUGUUCUGCAUUGCACCAUGACCCUGGAUGUGCAAACUGUAGUCGUUUUUGCCGUGAUUGUAGUCCUCCUGCUUGUCAAUGUCAUACUCAUGUUUUUCUUGGGAACGCGCUGAAUGGAGUCCAGCCACCUGAGCUGUUGCGAACUCUCACUUUGAUUUCAUCCCAAGAGCCUCUGAGGGGGAAAAAAUCAGGAGAGUCAGUCUGAGACAGGGAAAGAGAGGGAGAAAAAGAACAAGCUUUCUUACUCAGGGGGGAAAACGUUUUGAGCUUCAACAUGGCCUCGCUGUGAUAUGUAUGACGUUGAGCUCUCUGAAACUCAUGUAACUCUGAUCACUGGAGAUUCCAUCGUUAGUGCUGAGGCAGUAUGGGAUCACGUCACCAUGGCCAACCGGGAGUUGGCAUUUAAGGCUGGCGACGUCAUCAAAGUCUUGGAUGCUUCCAACAAGGAUUGGUGGUGGGGCCAGAUCGACGAUGAGGAGGGAUGGUUUCCUGCCAGCUUUGUGAGGCUUUGGGUGAACCAGGAGGAUGGGGUGGAGGAAGGGCCCAGUGAUGUGCAGAAUGGGCACCUGGACCCCAACUCAGACUGCCUUUGUCUGGGCCGGCCACUACAGAACCGGGACCAGAUGCGGGCCAAUGUUAUCUCAGACUUACUGAGUAAAAUUGUGCAUUUUAUUGAACAUCUUCUGGGUGUAUGCCCAGGAGAGGGCUACCUGAAGCAGUGCCGAAAGAGAAGGGACAUGUUCAGUGACGAGCAGCUGAAGGUCAUCUUUGGAAACAUUGAAGACAUAUACAGAUUUCAGAUGGGCUUCGUGAGAGACCUGGAGAAGCAGUACAACAAUGAUGAUCCCCACCUCAGUGAGAUAGGACCCUGCUUCUUAGAGCAUCAAGAUGGAUUCUGGAUAUAUUCUGAAUAUUGUAACAACCACCUGGAUGCCUGCAUGGAACUCUCCAAGCUGAUGAAGGACAGCCGCUAUCAACACUUCUUUGAGGCCUGCCGCCUCUUGCAGCAGAUGAUCGACAUUGCUAUUGAUGGUUUUCUUUUGACUCCAGUACAGAAGAUCUGCAAAUAUCCCUUACAAUUGGCCGAGCUCCUAAAGUAUACUGCCCAAGACCACAGUGAUUACAGAUACGUUGCAGCUGCUUUGGCUGUCAUGAGAAAUGUGACUCAGCAGAUCAAUGAACGCAAACGACGUCUGGAGAAUAUUGACAAGAUCGCGCAAUGGCAGGCCUCUGUCCUAGACUGGGAGGGAGAGGACAUCUUAGACAGGAGCUCGGAGCUGAUCUACACUGGAGAGAUGGCCUGGAUCUACCAGCCCUACGGCCGCAACCAGCAGAGAGUCUUCUUCCUGUUUGACCACCAGAUGGUCCUCUGCAAGAAGGACCUAAUCCGGAGAGACAUCCUAUACUACAAGGGGCGCAUUGACAUGGAUAAAUAUGAGGUAAUUGACAUUGAAGAUGGCAGAGAUGAUGACUUUAAUGUCAGCAUGAAAAAUGCUUUCAAGCUUCAUAACAAGGAAACGGAAGAAGUGCAUCUGUUCUUUGCCAAGAAACUGGAGGAGAAAAUACGUUGGCUUAGAGCUUUCAGAGAAGAGAGAAAAAUGGUACAAGAAGAUGAAAAAAUUGGCUUUGAGAUUUCUGAAAAUCAGAAGAGACAGGCUGCAAUGACUGUGAGAAAAGCUUCUAAACAGAAAGGUGUCAACUCUGCCCGCUCAGUUCCUCCUUCCUACCCACCACCACAGGACCCUUUAAACCAGGGCCAGUACCUGGUCCCCGAUGGCAUCGCUCCGUCUCAAGUGUUUGAGUUCACUGAACCGAAACGCAGCCAGUCACCAUUCUGGCAAAACUUCAGUAGGUUAACCCCCUUCAAAAAAUAAUACCUAUAGGAAGGCAGAUAAUUUUAAAAUAAAUAAAAUUAUAUUUAUAGAUGGACCUUUUUUUCGGAGAAGCACUGUUGAAAAUUUAUAUAUAUAUAUAUAUAAAAUGUGUGUGUGAGAGAGAGAGUGAGUGUGUGUGUGUGCGUGUGUGUGCACACAUACAUGCACACACACACACAUAGACCUUUACGUAUACACGUGUGUGUGUGGGCAUGUGUGCACAUAUGCAUGCACAUGCAUGCACACAUACAUACAUAUACACACACAGAGAAGGACCAAAACCAUUUUCUGUUGUUUUGGGGAAUUGAAAUCUGUAGUUGGUAAGAAGUACCACUGAUUUCCAAACAUGUAAUCACUUCUUCAAAUUUUUAGUUCUUAACCUUGUUCCCUCCCCCUUACUCUCUGUUAUUUUUCCUGUUAAGAUAACUUAUUCGCUCCUCUAGUUCACUGACCUGUCAUUAUUACCAUAGAGUAUUUGCAUUGUUUUAGUCCCCUUUCCUUAUGAUACUGAUGCUGAUAACUUUUGAAUUGAAUUUAUGUAGUGGGUUUGGGAUUUCAUUUCUCUCCCUGUCACUUUUCACUGGGAAGGGGAGGAUUCCCAGCUCCUGUUCCUCAUGCACCCAUCUGCAAAUGUUCCUGUAGCCCUGCAGUUAGACCAACAGCCUCUUCCCAGCAUCCUGUGUCCACAAUUGUGCCAGUCUAGACAUGCUCUGUUGUGCCCUGUGACUUAUCUGCUUGGUAUUUCUAUUGCUUUCACUGUUUUAGGUAUUGUGGAAGGAUAUAAAACCAAACAGAAACAAAGGAGUGAACGAAUGUAAUGAGAGUCGAGAAGAUUUCUGUUAGGGGGAUAGUUUUUAUUUAGGUAAUUUCUUCUAGCACUGAGAAUUCCCAUAUAACAGCAAUGCUAAGCCAUUGAAAGUUUCCACCUAAGAAUUAGUUUGGGUCCAUUAGUCUCUUUUCCAAGCCUCUUUUAUUAUGGAUCUCCUUUUCAGUCUAUCUCUUCCCUAGGCAAAAGGUUUAACUAAACUAGUAGCAAAGAAAUUGAGACUUUGCAUCCUGGGGAAGAGAUUUAUCUCCACCCCCAUAACUCAUAGAUGGUAGGUAGGUGUCAGGUAGGGCUCUCUUUAUAGUGCUCUGGUCAUUCCUGCUUCCAUUUUCAGAUUCAUAAGGCAUCGUUGUUAGAAGUUUAUGGAGGCAUUCAAGAGAAAAACCUGCUUGGCCAAGAGCAUUAGCCACCUUCAGAUUAACCUGACAAGAGUUCAAGGUUGACAACAGCAUCUUAUAGAGACCAUCAGGAAAAGAGAGAGGCUUGAUCUAAGAUAAUAUACCAGUAAUUUGCAUCACUGAAAUUAUAAGAAACAUCCCAAAUUGUUAGCAGAUUGCAUGGAUAAUCUCUGUCUCCUUUUUUUGCCCUUACUGUCUGCCAGGUUUGUGAGUAUUGGCAUAGUUAGAGCCAUUCUGGCACUCAAAGCAGGCUUUGUUCCAGACAGACUCCCAUCCCAGGACAACUGAGGCAAGUGAUAGAGAAGCCUAGGGCUACUUUUACAUCUGGGGGAAAAGAAAAGAUCUGAGGUAGAACACUGAAGUUAUUUCUUGGCAGGGUUUCCAUUUGACCAGAAUGUUUCCCACAAAAAUCAGAAUCCCCAUGAGUACAAGAGUGCUUAUUCUUUGUCAUUUAGCCCUUUGUAUGGCUAGAGAUUGGAGCGAGAACAAUAGAAUAUAAAGAAGUGUGAAAACCCACCCUAUCCAGGAAUCUGGAGAUUGUGUCUGUCCUGGACCUCACAAGAAAAGACUUCAUUAUUAAAAAAAAAAAAAAAAAAAGAUCUAAGCUUACCAAG